AGAGUUGUGGUGGAAUUUAAGGGGGAGGCGGCCGGCCAUGGGGAAGCCGGCGGCGCAGGGCGACACCGACGAGGAGGUGUUCCUGGAGCUGUCGCGGGAGUUGAAGAAGGAAGCCAGCAGGCUGUUCAACCGGAAGGACUACGAGGGCGCGGCCUUCAAGUACGACAAGGCGAUCCAGCUCCUCCCCAGCGGCCACAUCGAGGCGGCGCACCUCCGGAGCAGCGCCGCGCAGUGCUACAUGCGGAUGGUCCCCGGGGAGUACCACCGCGCCAUCCACCAGUGCAACCUGGCCCUCGAGGUGGCUCCCAGGUACAGCAGGGCGCUGCUGCGGCGGGCCAGCUGCUUCCAGGCGCUGGGCAGGCCGGACCUGGCUUGGGGCGACGUGGAGAAGGUGCUGGGCUGGGAGCCGGGUAACCGCGCCGCCAGGGAGAUCUCGGAGAGCGUCAAGGCGGCAUUGAAGGAGAAGGGUGUUGUUGUUCUUGUCUCGGAACCUGUUCUGGAUGGGCAGGAAGUGGACCAUGUUGCAGAAAUCAAGAAUGCUCCAGAGAAGGAGGAAGAGAAGAAACAGAGGAAUGAGCAUAACAAGCAAGCAAACCAUCUGGGAGAUAAUGGAGUGAAGCAAUACAAACAGGAAAAGCACACUGAACAAAAGAAAGCAAAUGGGAUAAGAAAUCAGCAAAGUCUUCUGGAAGAUAAGGAAACCAAUGAUCUGGAGAUGGAAGCUGGUGGCAAGGGAAGGAAACACAUUUCAGGACAGCAAACUGGGCAUGGCAAGAGUAAGGGACGAAAGCAUUCUGCUGUGAAACCAGUGCAUCAUGCUCAGGAAAACCAUCAUAGCCACACCACAGAGAGCAAUAUCAGUGUCAAGACAGAGGCGAUGAGGGAUCUGAAGUUGGUCUUUGGAGAGGACAUUAGAUGUGCUCGGGUGCCAGUAGACGGCAGCCUAUCUCAGUUGAGAGAAAUUGUUCAGAACAAGUUCCCAUCUUUGAAGGCGUUACUUAUUAAGUAUAAGGACAAGGAAGAUGACCUGGUGACAAUAACCUCAUCUGAAGAGCUAAGAUGGGCAAACAACCUAGCAGACCCAGAAGUGCCUGUUCGACUAUAUGUUGCAGAGGUUGAUCCUGUUCAAGAACUAGGCGUGGAUGUGGUCAGAACACAACCUUCCUUAUUAGAGAAAAUCCCUAAUAGCAUGGCAGAGAAUGGGAUCACCGGGCAUGAUAAUGGACAAAACUGUUAUGUUGAUGAUUGGAUGUUGCAGUUUGCCCAGCUAUUUAAGACUCACGUUGGAUUUGAUUCUGAUGCAUAUUUGGAUCUCCAUGACCUUGGCAUGACAUUAUAUUGUGAGGCUAUGGAAGACACGGUUGCAACUGAAGAAGCGCAGGAAAUAUUUCAAGUUGCAGAGCUAAAAUUUCAGGAAAUGGCAGCUUUGGCCUUGUUUAAUUGGGGCAACGUCAGCAUGUCUCGUGCAAGAAAAAGGCCACUCCUGUCUGAAGAUGGUUCAGUUGAAUUGAUACUUGAGCAGGUAACGGCUGCUUAUGAAUGGGCUUGUUCAGAAUAUAUUAAGGCUGGUUUAAAAUUUGAGGAAGCUGUAAAAACAAAACCAGACUUUUUUGAAGGUUUCAUCGCACUUGGCCAACAGAAGUUUGAGCAGGCCAAGCUUUCAUGGUAUUAUGCUAUUGCGUGUAAGAUAGAUAUGGGAACAAAAAUUUUGGGAUUGUUCAACAAUGCAGAAGACAAUAUGGAAAAAGGGAUGGAGCUGUGGGAAGCAACGGAAAAUAUUCACCUGAGGGGGCUGUCUAAACUUAACAAGGAGAAUUCCAUGCUGGACAAGAUGGGCCUAGAACGCUAUAUGAAGGCUAUGUCUGCAGAUGAAGCAGUCGAACAAGCUUCAAGUAUUCGAUCACAUAUAAAUAUUCUGUGGGGUACCAUUCUUUAUGAACGCUCCGUAGUAGAGUUCAACUUGGGACUUCCUAGCUGGGAAGAGUCGUUGACAGUGGCGAUGGAAAAAUUCAAGACUGGAGGUGCUUCCGUAGCAGACAUCAAUGUGAUAGUAAAGAACCAUUGUGCUAAUGAAACCACCCAAGAAGGACUGAGUUUUAAGGUUGAGGAAAUUGUUCAAGCAUGGAAUGAAAUGUAUGACGCUAAGAAGAGGAUAAGCGGAGCUCCAUCUUUCCGCCUCGAACCAAUAUUCCGACGCAGGGCUCCAAAGUUGCAUCAUAUACUGGAACACAUACAGUACACGUGAUUAUUACCGCUACAGCUAAGACCUUAUAGUCACCAAGAAGAAUGGCUUGUAAUCUGAGUUUAUCAGAUUCUGUAUCUUUGGAGCUGUACUUUAUUUGCUGAGUCAAAAAAAAAAGGAAAAGAAAAAACAGAUAUUCUUGUCAUUUUCAAGCUAGAGAUCGUCUGACAGUAGUGCAGUAAUGAUUUUCUAAUGACA